AUGGACAUGGAAAGCAACGACCACGACAGCAAGAGACGACAAGACGAGCACGACGACAAGAGGAGGGGAGGAAAUGAAGGACAGGAUGAUCUGAGCAUUGAAGACGCAAGGGGAGGACGUCGCGACGGCGAUGAGCGAAAUGACAAAGAUCGCGACCGUCACAGCCACGAGAAUGGUGGCGCAAAUGGACGACAUGGUGAUGAUUCUGAAGAAAGAGGUCGUGGCAAUCAUGACAACGACAAGGACAACGACAGGAAAAAAAAUGGAAACGAUCGGAAUAACCACAGUCGUGAAGGCGAGGGAAAGGGCGAUCAAGGCAGGGAUUCCGAAGAGAGAGGACGCGGAGGUCAUGGCGAUGACAAGGACAAGGACGGGAAAAAG